CAUUUAUUAUAAUGGCUAAUAGCUUCUGAAAAAUAAAAGAAUUAAAAGACACUCAAAAUAUAUCAAGGGAAUUGCAGCAGUUAAUAAAUAACCUAAAAUACACUUUCAGGAAGAACUUUGAUCAGAUAUUUAGAUAAGGCAAUGUAAAACACACUCACAAUAUUUGGAUAAGGUAAUCUAAAAUACACUCCCAGAAGAAACUUUGGAAUUAGAGUAUUUGAAGAAACAGAAGUGGAAGCCAAUAUGUUAAACUGACCUGCCAAGCCGCUAGGAUCAAGCCAAGUACAACAGUAACUUCGGCCAAGCCAUGGAAAAACAUGCCAAAGAUAACAGGAAGAAGUCCAAAUUAGGAAAAGCUUAAAAUUUAACUAAGGAAAACCAGGAAUUCGCGGAAGACACCGCCUGCCUAUGAAUAUGCAUGUAAUAAAUGAUGUAAUCCCUGUUUAAAAUUGUAUAAAAACCCGCUUUUGCUGUACAUGAUUUAGAAAUCCAUUUUAUGAUUUCUCCGACGCGUCGUAAUAAAAUUCCUCCUGCUUAUCUGACUUAGACUGAGUCUCUUAAGCAGUUAUUCUCGCCUUUUUGGGGCAAAAUUCGGCAUCAUUUUCUGGCGACCCAGAUGGGACCAGACAGGAGAUCCAGGCCUUGAGGGGUCCUCCCCGAGCCGGGUCCGGGGUCGGGACCCUCUGGCGCCCCUGACUAACUUUUGUCAGAAGAGACUCCUCCCCCGGACCAGUGCUUUCGGUGGACGAAGAGUACCCUGCAUCUCCUGCUCCAAUUAAGAGGAAACAUCUUGUCGCUCUCUCUGUAAUGUUUUAGAAGAGAAUAAGUUGAUAGACGUCUGGGAAGAAAUUUGUCACCCCCCUGCAAUUGUUAUACUGUCUACAGUUGUGAUUGCAUGAGUUUGGCAAACCGGUAUCUCGCGGUCUGUAGGCGACCUCUCGUGACCAAACCUGGUAAAACAGUCCGUUCUGAUAUAGACCAUAAGAAUCUUUUAGGAAAACCCCUACAAGAAAAGUGGGAGGGACCUUUCCAAGUGCUGCUGACUACCUUCACCGCGGUUCGGAUCAAGGAGCGACCUACGUGGAUCCAUUACUCACGAGUCAAGAAAGCUCCGGAGAAUAAACAAGAGGAGCAGACAUCAUGAUCCUGACUCCACCGCAGAUCUUCACAACCCUGAUCAUUGGACUAAUGAUAAGUAUAGUUCUUCCCCAAGGCUCUGUCUCAAUAGACCCAUGGUCUAAUGCACACCAGUGUAUCCACCCGGAGUUGGAAACGGGACCGAAGGGGCCCUACUUUGAGGUUUAUGCCUUACGUAACAAUCAGCCAUAUGCGAGUAAAGUAUGGGAUCAGCCCUCCAUGGUAGCGUACGAGGGAGACCAAAUCCAAAUUGGGUGUCGAGAGCUUGACCCAAUAGAAGGAAAAACAAGGCGGCUAGUAUUAACAAUUCAACCCUUGAUGGCAGCCUCUGAACACAACCUAAUCACCUUUAGUCCAGUGAAAAUGGGGAAACCCACUGUCUGGAUUCAGCAAAAGGGCCCAAUUUCAUGCCAGUGGAGUGACUUUAGGGAAGAUCCACCCGGAUCACAACCCCAAAAUUCAGUAGUUUAUAGAAAAGAUCCGCUUGGGGAACUACAUCCUGAAAACAUAACCCUUGACUUACACCCUCUUCUCUUUUCUGCGGGAAAGAUUGUAGCAUCUAAUGGUCCUGAGGAAGGGAGAGCACAGUGUGAGAUGGCAUUUAGAUUGGAUCAGUCAAUGACGUUCACAUGUGAAAGGGAGCUGAAAGCCCUGGAAAUGGGUUUUGGCUUCCCUAAGCGUGCUGUCGCAUACAAGGUAGCAUUACCGGAAGACGUGAUUCCAUUGUAUCCAGAUCUAGACUUGCCCCAAGAAACCACUCCACCGGUGGUAUGUAAAGUAGUACAUAACCUAGCCUUUAUAGGGCCUCAGGUGAUAAGAAAAUCUGAUGAACAAAAAUUAUUGUUAGACCCCACUUAUUCCCUGAAAAAGGUACAGAUGAACUUCCACACCGAUAUUACGUAUUUGCAGAAGGACUGCCAACCAUUUAUACAGCAAAGCCUUAAGGGAUGGAAUGCAUGGCUAGCAACAAGGUCUCAUCAUAGAAGAGCACAAAGAGAUUUGAGUGGGUGGAUUGGCACUGGAUUUGGUAUAUUAAACACGAUAGAUCAAGAAGUAUUAGUGAAUAAAUUAAGUACCGUCACGUCGAACUUAGGAAAACUAAAAAUGCCCCUCAGUUCAUCCAUGCUUACAUUAGCAGAAACACAAUCGCUAGUAGCAAAAUUGCUAACCAUGGUAGCAAACCACACUGAAGAGGAUUUUUUGAAGUUCGCUAACUAUACAGGGGAACUUAGCAAGGAAAUUGCACUAGCUAUCCAGUGCCCUCAGACACAACAAUGGGUACAAUCAGUAGCGGCAGGAAUACUGAGAGAAGGAACAAAUAGGGAUGGACAUCGAAGUUCUUAAAGCAAUGCUCACACAUCCUAAAGUAAAGGAAUUGAUACAAAAGGUAAAUCAAACAACCAAAUGAAUGGUAUGGCAGGUAGAACAUAAUUCAGAAAAGAUAAAGAAUGUCCUGACUAAAGUAGAACGAGUAGGCCAGCAUCAUUGGUGGGAUAUCUUUGUGGGAUAAUCCCCAACAGCUACACAAGUCUUUAACUAUCUGGUGCACCCAACGCUAAUAAUAAUCAUAGUUCUGUUACUAUUAACUCUCACAAAUAUUUGUAUGUGGUGGAGACUGAGAAUCAUAAUGAAAAGAACCCAAAUGAUCUGGGCUAUAAUACGAGCAUAUCAGCGCCCUACAGGGUUAGAAUUUGACGAAAGAAUUCGUAAGUUAUAAGAAAAGGGGGGAAUGAAGCCAUUUAUUAUAAUGGCUAAUAGCUUCUGAAAAAUAAAAGAAUUAAAAGACACUCAAAAUAUAUCAAGGGAAUCGCAGCAGUUAAUAAAUAACCUAAAAUACACUUUCAGGAAGAACUUUGAUCAGAUAUUUAGAUAAGGCAAUGUAAAACACACUCACAAUAUUUGGAUAAGGUAAUCUAAAAUACACUCACAGAAGAAACUUUGGAAUUAGAGUAUUUGAAGAAACAGAAGUGGAAGCCAAUAAGUUAAACUGACCUGCCAAGCCGUUAGGAUCAGGCCAAGUACAACAGUAACUUCGGCCAAGCCAUGGAAAAACAUGCCAAAGAUAACAGGAAGAAGACCAAAUUAGGAAAAGCUUAAAAUUUAACUAAGGAAAACCAGGAAUUCGCGGAAGACACCGCCUGCCUAUGAAUAUGCAUGUAAUAAAUGAUGUAAUCCCUGUUUAAAAUUGUAUAAAAACCCGCUUUUGCUGUACAUGAUUUAGAAAUCCAUUUUGUGAUUUCUCCGACGCGUCGUAAUAAAAUUCCUCCUGCUUAUCUGACUUAGACUGAGUCUCUUAAGCA